AUGACUUCACAAUACCCGCAUCAUAUAUAUAUCUACAUCUAUAUUCUCAGUUGUUCCAGCUACAAUUGGCUCAAGACAUCUAGUGCUUUGCAGGUCAGUUUGGGAAGUCUGCACACUCUCUAUGGGUGGAUGGUAACCUUUUUGAUUUUUAUUUCUGCAAAACUGACAUCUGGUAGUGUGAUGGCACUAAGUCUUCCACCUGAGCUUGGCCAGUAAAUAGCUUCUCAAAACCUUGCUGUACAUUGCUCAGUUCCUAGACUUACGUGUCCUGCACUCAGCAUUUCUUAGGUUGUGUUGCACUAUGAUUUUAUCCAUUUUUUAAAUUUAAAAAAAUCAUAAUUGUGUUUUAAUGCUGUAACCCACCCUAGAACCUUGGGUUGAAGGGUGGGUUAAUAAUAAUAAUAAUAAUAAUAAUAAUAAUAAUAAUAAUACAGAAUUCUCUACCUCAGCCGGGGCCUCCUCCUCAUGGAAGCCACUCAGAGUUGCUGGGGAAACCCAGUCAGAUGGGUGGGGUAAAAUCACCAUCACCUUCUUCAUCAUCAACAUCAGGGAACUCACAAGUUGCAAGGAUUAGCAGUUUCAUGAGGCAUCAGAGGCAUAGCUAAGUGUGAGCUAUGGCACUGAGCCAACAAGCAAUACUACUGGGAGGACAGGUCAGGACCAGCAUUUACCUGGAGUCCCCAGACUGGUAAGCAAAUGGGCACACCUUCUAGUGGGCUGGCUAGGUGAGGUUUGUGUGUACUCAUGUUGGUGUCUCCUUGUCCUAGGCAACAGAGGUGCAAUGGGUGCCAUCCCAGCACCAGAUAUACUCCCUGCUGCCUAAAGGGAGAAAUUACUGUAUUUUUCCGUGUAUAAGAUGACCCCUAUUUUUUUAACCCAAAAUUAAGAAAUUAAGUUGUUUACCUUUUGGGGGUGGGGGAGGUCACUUCCACCAAUCGCUCACCCGCCUGCCUGCCACUGCCGAUCGCUUGCCACAGCCACUGCCGAUCACACACCUCGCCCGUCGCCACCAGCAGCCCACCUACCCACUUGCCACAACCACCAAUCGCCUGCUUGCCUCGCCACAGCUGCCAAUCGCCUCCCAAUUGCCGCAGCCACAGCCAAUCGCCAGCAGGCCUUGCCGCAGCCACCAAUCACCCGCCCAAUCGCCGCUGCCAAUCUCCUGCUUGCUGCUGUCAUUAAUCGCACGUCCCCCCCCUCUGCAUUUAUCCUCCGUGUAUAAGACGACAUCCAAUUUUUGCCUUUUUUUUUUUUUUUUUAGCAAAAAGCAUCGUCUUAUACAGGGAAAAAUGCACUACUUUGUAACUGUGUAGCUGGAGAAACUAAGGAGGCAUGUCUGCAAGGGAGGUAACAGGAGGCACUUCUAAAAGUUUGCCUGAGCCUCUCUGGGGGGCAGGCAACCACCGUCUAUCCUACUGAGACCCUCCCCAGGAUCAGACAUCUAUUGGAGUUCAGAAACCACCAUCCCAGCCCACUGGGAUUCCUCCUCAUGGUCUGCCCACCGCCUCCAUGACACCUCAGUGGGACUUGUAAACACCCCUGAUUUUCAUCUUCCUUGAGUGAUUGUGCCUUGAAUUCUGCUAGUGCCUCUUGCUUGCCUGAAUAGAAGAUAGAGAGGGAGUGUAGCAAUGUGCCUAUCGUACAAAACAAGAAGCAAAAAUAACCAUUUACAGUCAUUGGUUCAACCACUUUUGCUGCUAGCCUUGUCCACCUCUAGCAUGUGCCCACCCCCAUCCCCUGGUAUACAACCCCUUUAGACCUUCAGUAUUCUUGUGCUUUCUUCUUCAUUCCCUACCAGUUCUGUGACCCUUCUGAUAGCAUUGCUUCUUGGACCAUUGGGGAAAGUCAAGGUCACACCAAGGUCAGCCAUCCAGCAUCAAGGAAUUCCCUGCCCCAAGUGCGGGACAAAAUAGAUUCAGAACAAUCUGGAUUUAAGCAGGUUUGUGAUGACUUUUCUGAAUCAAGACCUGAAGGAGGGAUAAAGAUCCUAAAGGACAGAACACUUAGGUGCAAAAGAAAAGCUAUCCAGCAUAUUUCAAUAUUUUGGCUCACCUGUAUGAUAAGCCUCUGGCAAAGAGCAGCGACAUGUCACUAAAUGUGUUUCCUAUUUUGCUUUAGAGCAUCAAGCAUUUAGACUAAUUUUUCUUGACAUUUCCCUCUUCGUAUCAUUACCAUUUUUUUCAUCAAAAGAGAAAAAUGCAAUAAUAUAAUAGAUCCCCAUGAGACACAUUUUUCCACUGUGAAGAAUUUAUAUUGAGAGCCUUGUCUAAUACAAAACAGAAAAAAGAAGACAACAUAAUACAAAUCAUGUCUCUCACUUUCCCUCCCAUCCAAAUUUUUCUCUCCCUCUUCAAAGUAUUAUGAUAUCUAUCCAGGCAUAUCAUGAGAUUGCAACUGUACUUGCAAUUAGCUCUCAUCUUGUAAUGCUUUUGUUUUUUGCUUUUUAUAUAAACAAGGUUUGGGAAAAUAUUAAAAAUUCUUCAUCUCUAACCUCAACCCUCUUGCAACAAAUUUUGGGGGGAAGGGAGGAAAUAUCAGUGAAUAUUUAAUAAGUUCAUUGCACCCGUGAGUUUAUUUUUCUAAACACACAUCCUUAAUAAAUUAAAAGAUUGUCACUUUUUUCAUUGGUUGAAAGCUACAAUUUGAGAGCAAAUCUCAUUGGCUGGGAUAUUUUCUUUGGACAAUAUAAUGCAGCAUACUCACACUGCAGAAUAUUAACUACAUAAGGUUAAGAACCCCUUACUCCAUCCAUGGAGAUGUCUCUCAGGAAGAAUAUCAUGGAGAAGGGGCAAUUCAGUCGAAGAAGUAGUUACCAACAACAACAACAAAACUCUUAGAAACAAGAACCUAAAUUCAGCCUAGGUUUUGCAGAUGCAUAGUUUUAUUUUAGAGUUUCUUCCUCACAUACAGCUACAGUGGUACCUUGGGUUACAAACGCUUCAGGUUACAGACGAUUCAGGUUACAGACUCCACUAACCCAGAAGUAGUACCUCUGGUUAAGAACUUUACCUCAGGAUGAGAACAGAAAUCCUGCGAUAGCAGUGUGGCAGCAGUGGGAGGCUCCAUUAGCUAAAGUGGUACCUCAGGUUAAGAACAGUUUCAGGUUAAGAAUGGACCCCCCAGAACGAAUUAAGUUCUUAACCAGAGGUACCACUGUAUACACAGACUAUUGUUGCUUCUUCCAGAAUUCCCGCUCUCCUUUCCACUUACAGCAAGUUCUGGGAUGCACUAAUUUGUGCUUAGCUCAGAGCAUUUUGAAUUUCUAGCUUGGAUCAAGGAAUAGAUCAGCCAUCAUGGUUGCAUUUGUGUCCCUCUCCAUCCCUUCCAGAAAGGACAGCCAGUUUCUCUGGGACUGCAAAACUGAAGGGAAGCAUACUCUGGUCCUAUUUUCCAUAAGUACCCCCUGCUUCCCAGAAAGAACACAAUGACCAGGGGAAACGGCUCAGGACUGCAAUACCUCAAGGACCGCCUCUUUCCAUAUGAACCUACCCAGACCCCGAGAUCAUCUUCUGAGGCACUUCUUCGUGUGCCUCCUCCUCCAGAGGUCCAGAGGGUGGUAACAUGAGAACGGGCCUUCUCUGCAGUGGCUUCCCAUCUGUGGAAUGCUCUCCCCAGGGAAGUUCUCCUGGUGCCUUCAUUAUACACCUUUAGGUGCCAGGAAAAACAUUCCUUUUAAACCAGGCCUUUGGUUGAUUUGACUGACAUCCUAUGCCCUUUUAAGAUGUGUUGGGGGAGGGCUGUUAUUGGGUUGUUGUUGAUUUUAUUUUGAUUAUGUAUUGUCUGGUUUUAUAUUCUGAUUUUAUUCUGUGAACCACCUUGAGACCUGCGGGUAUAGGGCAGCAUAUCAAUUCAAGAAAGAAAGAAAGAAAGAAAGAAAGAAAGAAAGAAAGAAAGAAAGAAAGAUGGCCCCAUCAAAGAAUGGCCCUACCAUCAGGUAAAGUGAGAUGAUGCCCCCUGAGGCAGAUGUUGUGGAGCACAGAGUGGGUAGGACAGUAUGUGCCACAUGAGCUGCCCUUCACCCCCUAAGUUAGCACAUUGCCCUCAAGUACAGCAGAAGCUGCUGGUCUGUCCACAGUGAACAUAAGAAUAUAUAGGAUAUUGCCUUAUACCAAGUCAGAGCAUUGGUUCACCUGGCUCAAUAUUGCCCACAUUCACUGCCAGUGGUUCUCUAGGGUUCCAAACCCACCUGGAGGUGCCUGUGAUUGAACCUGCAAAGCAAAUGGUCUACCACUGGGCUAUGCCUUUUGCCUUGCACACUCUGGCUCCAUCCAUCAACAAAGUGUUGAAGUAAGAUUUAAGUGCCCUGUUCCAGCUGGUUUCUGUACAUGGAGGGAGGGACCCAUCUCGCCCUUUGCUUCAUGGAGCUGACUCUGAUCCCAUCCAUCUGCUGCAGGGAUCUUGCUUCUCCACCCCUAGAAAGAACAUUCUGUUCCAAUUGCUAGAUACUAUGAGACUGUGGAUAUGAAGGAAAUCACACUCCGGCCCUAUUCAACAGCCAACAGGAUAAGGAGUGCCAGGUUGUGUGGGUUUGCGGUGUGUGUGUGUGUGUGUGUAAGCUAUUCUUGAGAAUCACUCAACUGAAAAGUGGGAUAGAAAUCUUCUAAAUAACAGUUGAGACUGGUCAAACCCAACAGGCUCAAAAGGCAUUACUAGUGGCUAUCUAGGGACUAUGUGUGGGCUAAAUAAUGGGGGCAAUUUCUCCCCUUAUUUGCAGCCUUUCCUCUGACUUAUUCCAUGUAGUUUUGUGGUUAGAGUGUAGUACUAAGAUCUGGGAGACCAGGUUCAAUCUCCAUUUCGCCGUGAAGCUCAGUGGGUGACCUGGGUGACCACUGUCUCUCAGCCUAAUCUUGUUGUUGUUGUUUAGUCGUUUAGUCGUGUCCAACUCUUCGUGACUCCAUGGACAAGAGCAUGCCAGGCACUCCUGUCUUCCACUGCCUCCCGCAGUUUGGUCAAACUCAUGUUAGUAGCUUCAAGAACACUGUCCAACCAUCUUGUCCUUUGUUGUCCCCUUCUCCUUGUACCCUCCAUCUUUCCCAGCAUCAGGGUCUUUUCCAGGGAGUCUUCUCUUCUCAUCAGGUGGCCAAAGUAUUGGAGCCUCAGCUUCACGAUCUGUCCUUCCAGUGAGCACUCAGGGCUGAUUUCCUUAAGAAUGGAUCGGUUUGAUCUUCUUGCAGUCCAUGGGACUCUCAAGAGUCUCCUCCAGCACCAUAAUUCAAAAGCAUCAGUUCUUUGGCGAUCAGCCUUCAUUAUGGUCCAGCCUAAUCUACUUCUCUGCAUUGUUGUAAAGAUAAAAGGGAGAGGGGGAGAACCAUACGCACCACUUCAAGCUCCUUGGAGAAAAGGUGAGCUCUAAAUGUAGUCAUAGUAAAUCCCUUCCCAUUGGUUAUAUAGAAAAGAGGCAUCAUUUGGAGAAACUGUUUAGGAGGAAACGCAAUUGUCUUCCACCCAGAACAAGAUGCUGGCCCUGGGCAUCCUCAGUUGUUUAAGACUACCCACUGGCCUGAGAUUUAAAUCAGGGAUGUCCAGUGCACUUCAAUAGUCCUGGAAUAUCUUGCAGCCUAGAAAAAUCUGUUCCCACAUGAGCUUUCUUGGGCUUAUUGAAGAUCAUGCUGCAAUAAAUUUGUCAGACUUUAAGGUGCCACAGCCUCUCUGAUGUCUUAAUGUCAUUAAGACAUUAUUAAGAUUAUGGCAAUAAUCUCACAGCCUUAAUGUUCUUCUAGGCCUGCAUUUCAUCAAAAUCGUCAGGGCCUUCAUCAUGUUCAAACUGCUAACUUCAUUUGGAUCAAAUCAUUACUGAAAGAAAUCUUUUUUAAAACUCCAUAAUGGAAUCCAGAGGUUCACGAUGAAAGUUUUUUGUGUCUGUGUGUUACCUUUCGGAACUGAUGGGGAAAUAGUUCUCCCUUGGGAGCCCCAAUUGAGAGGUAAUGGGGAGGACACGGGUCUUUCUGCUUCUCAAAAGCAAACAAACCAAACAAAUAGCCUUCCUUCUGGCUGUGGAAAUGAAGCCAUUUAUCAGCCUGCUGAAUGUGAUCUGUUUCUCCUUUGUAAACCUUUCAACACAAGACAUUUGGCUGGGCUCCUCCCUGUCCCUUGGGAGAGUCGUCUGGAAUACAACCACAUUACCAGCAGGAUUAAACCACCACUUGUAAAGAAAUGGAUCCAUUUUCAUUUGGUUCCUUUAAAAACUUUAAAACAGCCUAGAGCUGUCCUCAUAAAAACACACAUACAAAAUGGAGCAUUUUUGCAUGUUUCUCAGGCUUUACAAGUCCAUUUGAAGAGAAAAAUGACCAGUUUGGCUUUUAGAAUUUCAGGCCGGAAUGUUACUACUGCUAUACUUUUGCACAAAACUACCAAUAGUAGUAUAGGGACAUGGGUGGCGCUGUGGAUUAAACCACAGAGCCUAUGGCUUGCCGAUGAGAAGGUUGGCAGUUCGAAUCCCCCCGAUGGGGUGAGCUCCCGUUGCUCAGGCCCUGCUCCUGCCCACCUAGCAGUUUGAAAGCACGUCAAAGUGCAAGUAGAAGAAGAAGAAGAAGAAGAGUUUGGAUUUGAUAUCCCGCCUUUCACUCCCUUUAAGGAGUCUCAAAGGGGCUAACAUUCUCCUUUCCCUUCCUCCCCCACAACAAACACUCUGUGAGGUGAGUGGGGCUGAGAGACUUCAGAGAAGUGUGACUGGCCCAAGGUCACCCAGCAGCUGCAUGUGGAGGAGCGGAGACGCGAACCCGGUUUCCCAGAUUACGACUCUUAACCACUACACCACACUGGCUCUCAAGUAGAUAAAUAGGUACUGCUCCUAGGUACCACACACUAAAGACUUUGUUUUCCCAUGUUUUCAAAGGCCAUAUUUCAUUUGAUUUCACUUUUUUUUUCACCCUCUAAUAUUUCUGCAUUGUUAUUACUUAACUGUUGGCUUUUCAUUGUGAUUUCACUAUUUUUUUGUAACAUUAUGUAUCUAAGAAGGCCUUGUUUUCCAUUUUAUAAUAAUAAUAAUUUUAUUAUUUGUACCCCACCUAUAUGAAUGGGUUGCCCUGUUUUCAUUUCAUGCAGCGUUGUUCCAGUGCUGCUGCAGUUGGUCUUCCACCAAAAAUGAAGGUCUCACUGUGGCAAAAUGACAUAACUUAAGUAAUUCACAUAAUUAAUCACAUAAAUUAAAUUGUCACUGCAUUACAUUAUUCCACUCUAUUCAUUGCAGUGCAAAGGAAAUGCAGUGCAAAGGGAUGGUGAGAGAAAUAAUCAAUUACGUAUCUUUUGCUGACUGAAUGCAUCAACAACCAUGAAAUCACAGUUGCUGAAUUAAUUUAUGUUCUGGAUAUGGGAUGAAUAGGUGUGUAUCAGCAAUUUGCACUCCCAUUUCUUUCUUUCUUUCUUUUUGUUAGAAUUCUUCAACAUCCCUACUCUUAUUGAUACGUUUCCUUUGUUGUAAACCAUUUGGAGGUCAUUUUGACAGAGAAGGCAAUAAUAAUAAUAAUAGUAUUUAGACCCUGCCCAUGCAUUUAGCUUGCACACUUUCAUCCUUACAUGGCUGAAGGCAGACCAGUUGAAAUUGCACAAGUUAACUCCAAGCAAGGCAGAGAGCUUGAAAGUUCUUUUAGCACUGGGUCCACUUGGGAUUAACCAGCAUGAAAAAGGCUUUUAAGCACUCCACCUUGCUUGGAGGGUGAAGCCCAUUUUAGCCCAUCAGCUCCCAGAUGCUCUUGAGAGACCUCAUGGGGCCAUGACAGGAUUGUCAAAAGCUAAACAUUACCUGGUCAUGUUUUAAAUAUUAAAUGAAUGCUAUGAAAAGCUCUCUUUCUGUGUGUUGACCAAUAAGCCAUCUCACUAAUAAUAUUACAUUGGAAAAUUCCAUCAUUUCACAUACAGGCAAGUGCUCAACGUUUUUCUGGAGAUAAAUAGCCUGUGCUGAAUGGCCCAUUAAUGGAGCAUUCGUUGUCUCCACAACACUCCAAAGCUAGUAAACGGAAUAUGGGGUAAUUCAAACCAUACAGAAAAUGCAGGCUUGAGCAUUAAAAAUGUUUCAUUAGGAUUUAUGGUCAAUGCACUUGGAUACCCAAUCUUCAAUAUGAUAAACAACAACCAGCUACUUUUAAUUUAGAUGUGUCUAGGUGCCAAGAACAAUGGGGAGGUGGGAGGAGGGGACCAUUUCCGAGAGGCACACAACCUCCCAGAAACAAGUAAGAUGACACUGGUAAUUGAUCCUGAAGUUAUGUGGAAUUUUUUUUACAGUUUUACCAUCCCAUUAUCCUCUGUUUGUUUAUAUUCCUUGCCACAUUUUAACUAAAGCCUCUGCUGUGUGGGGAAGCUGCAUGUUUGUUGAUAGUGGCUGCAUGGCGGUUACAGGGAUACCAGAUGUCUCUCAUUUUCAUGGAUGCCCUUUAAGUUGUCUUUACUUUGGAAUCGCACAGAGGGCGAAAUUCACCUCCUCUUCCAGAACUCCUCUGCGUACAUCGGGGAUGGGAAAACUGAGGCCCAGGGGCCAAAUGGCCCUCCAUCUCUUUCUACCUGGCCCUUGGGCUUCUCCCAGCCCAUACCCUUCACCAGCCCUGCUUUGUACCCUCCUUGAGCUUUGAUCUGUUUUGGGUUUCGUCCUUAGAAUCAUACAAUAACAGCAUCGUAGAGUUGGAAGAUGGGUCAAACACUCGUCUUGUCUAACCCCCUGCAAUGCCUCCCUGGAAUCUGUCCUUGAACUCUGAUAGUGCUGUUUUCUUGUCUGGCUGGAGAAGAGAUCAGGGUGUGAGAGGGCACAGAAACUAGCCUACUUGUACAGAAGUAAAAUUCACAUUUGUUCUGCUGCCCACUUUUUCCUCUGGUCCCACCCACAAAUGGCAUGUGGCCCUCAGAAGUCUGGCUAGCAGAGAAAGCAGCUCUCGGACUGAGAAAGGUCGCGCACCCUGGCACAGAUGGCCAGAAAGUUUCAUCCCAUUCCCAGCAUCCUCUAUGACAGUGCAAGAGAUCUUGGGCGCCACCCUCUUCAAUGCCACUUGAGACCAACCUAAUGUUCGGGUUAGUUCUGGGUCUCUUGGGCCACCAAAGAGGCCAUUCUCUGUUUCCCAUCCUCCUUGCCAAUUGUAUUUAUACAAGCAACAUUAUUCCUAUAAACACACCGUACAGAGUUUAUACAAAGUUAUGUUAUGUCAAAAUCUGAGCCGCUGAAUCGUUUUGGGAAGGUUGCUUGCAAAAAAGAAAGCCAUAUAGGUUUGCUUAAAACCAUAGUGUUAAAAUAAAGUUGGCUUCCCAUCCCACAUUUAACCACGGCAAUGAGUGGCCUGAUUUUCAGGCAUUUUAAGCACCCAGAUACCCCUAUAAAAAGGCUGGGGAUCUUUUCCAAAGAACCUUUAAGCCAAAAUGACUGUGGUUAAAAAGUGGAAAUAAUCUUCAACGUGGGAUGGGGUUGGGGAAUGCCUUUGUGUUCCAGGGGAAAUGGGUUUCAAUUUAAAAGUGUUCAGCUGACUUAUACUUGGCUCAUGUGUAACAUCCAUGGAUUUUUCACCAAGACUGUGAAAGGGCAGCUAAGAAUAGCUACGCUAAAUGUGUGUGUGAUUAAAUUGUCUUAAUGAAAAAUGAUGGGGUUGUGGGGGGUGCAAGGGCAGAAUGCUGGCACAAUUUCUGCUUGCAGAGCUGUCGAAAAUCAGAAAUAAUUGCCUAAUCCUACGAGAGACUCUGCUGGCAAAUAAAUAAAAAAGAAAGUGUGUUAGAUGGGAUGUAAACACUGCUAAUGCACAGUCAUGACCAGCACCAUUAUGCCAGAAGCUGGUCUACAACAUUGUCCCACCAACAAUUUGCUGUGGGUCAAUGUUGCCAUGCUAGAAAAUGCUACUGGAUUGGCUCUAGAGUUAAGGACAUGUAUGGAUGGGAGAGUAACUAAUUCAAGUUGCAUUUUGAUGCCAGCAAACCUCACAUUUCCUGAAUUAAUAUGUAAACCAGAAUGCAACUAUCUAUACUUUGGAAUUCACACUUCUCCCAAUUUUGUGAGGAACUUAUCCAAUCCAAAACUUUGCACACAAAAAAUGGAUACAGCAGGGGGAAAUGCAAACAAAAAUUAAUACACUGGUGAUUUGUAUGCUGCUUUGCCACACACACACCCAAAAAAAAAAACAUGUUCAAAGCAGCUUACAACAAAGCAAACAAAUGCACUUCAAAAUCAAACACCGUGUAUUAUGUUAAAGGAGAUAAUUUGCCAAAAUGUGCGCAUUAGGCAAAACCAUGUACAAAAUGCUUAUGUUAGAAGAAACGGGUGCUGGAACUGUAGUUAGGAUCACACUGCAACUUUGGUGCAUUAAUUUCAGUAGGUCUACUCUGCAUGUAACAUAGCCUCUGGCUUGUAUCAAAUCAUGAUGUUAUUCACCACUUCAUUUUGUUUUUCUUAUGAUUAAGUCGUAUAUGGUGUGUGUGGGUGGGUGUGUGGGUGUGGGUGUAUAUAUAUACUGGUGUGUGUGUGUAGGGGUGUGUGUAAAGGUGUUUACUCAGGAGUUGAAUUCAGUGCAUGCAUUCUAACAAGUAUGCAGAAUAUUGUAUGAUGAGCAAACCACACACUCAUGCCUCCCCCCACCCCAGUCCUUAUGAUCCCGUAUGGAUUAUUGUGGUAAACAUGACCAGAUAAUAUUAUAUUAUAAUUCACAUAUUAUUGGACCCAAGCUGGUCAUCCUGUCUUUGGCAUUUCCUUGUAUCUGAGUGCUGCACCAUUCUCUUUUAACCUGUUUUUAAGGCCCAGUAUUUUCUUUUGUUUGGUUUCCGAGACACGAUUUGUGUGGAUGUUAUCUCACUUAUUUAUUGUUCCUUUGGCAGCAGUCCUUGAUCUUUUGCCUCUUCUCACUCACAAGUGCUUUCAACAAUAGAUACUUGGCUGGAACCACUGGAUGGAAGUCUGAAGUGCUGACUUUCUGAACGUUGGAGCCCAAAGGGCGGAAAUAAAAGUUGUAAGCUCUGUUGAGAGGUAACAGACGAUAUCUUAAUAUUUCACUAGAGGCAGAUUAUAAACCAUUUAUGCUGCAACCGUAGAAACUGAUCUAUGACAUCAUGUCUAAGACUUCAGAUUGAUCACUUUAUGCUCUCAGCGUGUCACUCACUCUUUGAACAAAACUGAUUGACAGCACCCUUGAAAUCAACAGACUGAUGCCAAUUGACACUUUAUCUUUGUUAAGUACCGUCUGUUCAUCAAAAAGGAUACUUGUGUUAUGUUCACUGUAAGCUUCUGUGUCUCAGAAGAACUUGGAUUUGCAUGCAUUUUGUAUCUUUUGGAAUCAAAAUGACUUUCUGAAUUCUUUCCCACUCAUGUAUGAGUAAUAAAGAUCCUUCAGAUCAAAUCCAUUCCUUUUGCCGGCAGCCCAAUUUUUAACUGAAGACAGAACAUGGCACCAUGAUUAAUUAGUUAAUUCUUCAUCCGGCAAUGAAUUCUUCAGAACGUACUCGCUUUCGUUAGUCAUAUUGGCUGUUCAACUCCAGACAUUCCUGAAUGAAAUGGAUUAUCUAGAGUGAUUUUGGUCUGGUGCACAACCCUGUUUAGGGACUAAAACUACCUUGGUCACCUUGAGGGGGGAGUUUCACUAGGAAAGAGCCAGGGGGAGUACAACACAGCCCAAGACCUUUCAACUAUUUUCAGAACUAUUGACCUAUCCUUCUGAACCAACUGUUGUGGAUCAAAAUGUGGAGGCACCAUAUUGUGGCGGUUAACGUAAGAAAAUCCAGAUAGUCCAGCACUCAGUUCUCAAACUGGUCAAUCAUAUGCCAUAGGAAGCCUGCAAGCAAGACCUAAGUGCAACAGUGUUCUCUCCACUUGAGCUUCUCAGCAACUGCUAUUCAGAGGCAUACUGCCCUCUGACAAUGGAAGUACAGUGGUACCUCGGGUUAAGUACUUAAUUUGUUCCAGAGGUCCAUUCUUAACCUGAAACUGUUCUUAACCUGAAGCACCACUUUAGCUAAUGGGGCCUCCUGCUGCCGCCGCACCGCCAAAGCACAAUUUCUGUUCUCAUCCUGAAGCAAAGUUCUUAACCCAAGGUACUAUUUCUGGGUUAGCGGAGUCUGUAACCUGAAGCGUUUGUAACCCGAGGUACCACUGUAGUUGUAUUUAUCUCUGAGAAAUGGGUUCCAGAAGCUGGUACUGUGGAUCAAUUGCAUACUAAUAAUUUUUGUUGUUGUUUAAUAGACUGCUUCAGAGCAUAUAGCCAUCCAAGUAGGGUACAAGAUAAAGCAGAAUAAAGGUCUUAAAACAAUAAAAUCAAUCCAGCAAACGACAAACAGUGAAACCACCCGUACAAACACCAAAAGCAAGCCAUUUCAUCAGGUAUAAAAUAACUGCGUUACAUCUCAGGGAAAGCCCGUCUCCAACAGGUGCCUAAACAUCAUGACGCUAGGCACCUGUUUGAUUUUGGCUGGUGAUUGAGUCCAGAUUGCUGGAGGUGCAACACUAAAAGCCUGGUUUCUGGCACAUGCCUCUGGGGUUAUGGUACUUUCAGCUUUGCCCCAUCUCAGGAGCAGAGGUGCUAGGCUGGGAUAUAUUGGGCAAGGCAAGUCUGUCUUUUGUGCUUUUGACAGGAAACUGGUAUUAAACUAUAGCACCCCAUUUUGGACAGAAUGGCUGACUAGUUUAACCAGGAUGUAAGCGCAAAGAAAGGGUAGAAGCACAGGGGUGGAAGAGGACAGAAGGCAGGCAGGGAUGGUUUUUUGGUAAUCUUUACCCAGGGUAAUAUGGCACCCUGGGUAAGGCCAAAAUUUGGUGCCCCCAAAUGAAUCUUCUCAAUAAAGGAUCUUCUCAAUUUUGCACCCCUUGGCUCGGGAACCAGCUACACAUCUCUAAACCUGGCACCGAUGCAUUGUUUUGUCUCUCAGUUUUGGCUGCUAAACUAUGGUUUAGCAAGCCAGGAACUGAUUGCCUGAAUUGCGCCAAUGUGUCCCUUUGAAGUUACUGAAAUAAUAUAUUUAUGGAUUAUGCAAUGUAAUCGCAACUUGCAUGCAAUUAACGUGAGCAAUUUGAACCUUGCCUGAUUGAGAGCUGGCUGGUUGAAAUUGCACAAAUUAAUUUCAUGCAAGGGGGGGAGCUUAAAAGGUCUUUUGUACCAAUGCUUACCUGGGAAUCGGAAGAAUUACUUUUCAGUAAGGAUGCAAAGGCGCUGUUAAAUGCUCUUUUUAAAUUGAUGAAGUAUGACAGCUUUAACACUGCUGUUGUUUCAUCUUAAUAGGUGCGCGCCUCUCUUUCCUUACCAGGGUGUCAGUCUUUUCUCCAGCUUCCUUGAUGGCUAGCAUGAAGCCAUCUGCGUCAAUGCCUGUCUCAUGUUAAUCAUUCUGUUUUGUUUUCCAUUCCAUGGGCUUAUUCCAGUUAACAUCAUGCAGAUCCUCCUUUGUGUUUUCAUUAUGCUCAUCAGUAUGGUAUUUGAUGUGAAUACCCUGUCAUUUGGAAGGUACAAUUUGUUCCACUCACUGGGCACACAUUUAUUUAUUUAUUUUAAGUACAGUUCAGAAUAUUAGCUAUGUAAUAACGAAGCAAAAAAAAACAAAAACUUUCCUAUAUGGGCUUUGGCCUAAACAGACUCAGAAAUGUCAAUGUCUCUAGUAUAGAAAUUGGGGAAGAGGGAUAUUGCUCAGUGCUAGAGCAUCUGCAGGUGGUUCCAAGUUCAAUCCUGGCAUCUCCAGGUAGCCCUGGGACAGACCCUUGCUUUUAAUCUUGGAGAGCCUCAGUAAGUCAGUGCUAAUUGUAGAGCUAGAAGGAACCUUGGGAAUCACCAAGUCCAACUCACUGCUGAGUGCAAGAUUUGCAGUGCAGUAUGUGAUUACAACAACCCCAACAAGUGGCCAUCCAGCCUCGGCUUCAAUAUAUUUAUUUAUAAAUACAUACUAACUGAGACAUCCCAUUAGCACACAUCCCUACUUGUGCAAUUGGGACUUCCUUUCCUCUACCCAUACACUCCACCCACGCGCCAUAUCUGUUCUGGGGUUCCCUCCAACCCUCUGGAGCAAACAUGGAGGACACAGAGGGCAUGGAGAGGGGAAAGAAGUCUCAUUGUCUAGGUGGAAGUCCUUGCCCUAAUGGGAUGACCUCAUUGCAUACAAUCCAUAACUUGGCAGUAUAUGUGAAUGAAACUAUACUAGCUCCGUUCACAUAUAGUAGUCAGGCAGCUGUAUUCUCUUCAGGAAGAAAAUGCGUCCUUUCUCCACUUCUAUGAUGGGUUAAGCAGGUGUGGGGGACGCGGGUGGUGCUGUGGUCUAAACCACAGAGCCUAGGGCUUCCUGAUUGGAAGGUUGGCAGUUGAAAUCCCCACAACCGGGUGAGCUCCCAUUGCUCGGUCCCUGCUCCUACCUACCUAGCAGUUCGAAAGCACAUCAAGUGCAAGUAGAUAAAUAGGUACCACUCCGGCGGGAAGGUAAAUGGUGUUUCUCGAGAGCCAGUGUGGUGUAGUGGUUAAGAGCGGUAGUCUCCUAAUCUGAGGAACCGGGUUCGCGUCUCCGCUCCUCCACAUGCAGCUGCUGGGUGACCUUGUGCCAGUCACACUUCUUUGAAGUCUCUCAGCCCCACUCACCUCACAGAGUGUUUGUUGUGGGGGAGGAAGGGAAAGGAGAAUGUUAGCCGCUUUGAGACUCCUUAAAGGGAGUGAAAGGCGGGAUAUCAAAUCCAAACUCUUCUUCUUCUUCUUCUUCCGUGUGCUGCUCUGGUUCGCCAGAAGCGGCUUAGUCAUGCUGGCCACAUGACCCAGAAGCGGACAAAUGCCGACUCCCUUGGCCUACAGAGCAAGAUUAGCGUGCAACCCCAGAGUCAUCUGCGACUGGACCUAACGGUCAGGGGUACCUUUACCUUUACCUUUAAGCAGGUGUGAUUUACAUAUAGCACUUUGAAUACAUGUUUUUAAAACAUUCAAGGAAAUUAGUUGGUAAUGUUUACCUAAUUCAGGCUCCACACAGGGUUGGGUGAUCUUUGAUUCUCCAGAUGUUACUGAACUACAGUUCCCAUCAGCCACAGCAAGUGCAGGCCAAUGACCAGAGUUGAUGGGAGAUGUAGUUGUGGAGCCCCCUUCCCAUAAGAGGUGGGUAUGGCAUCUUCAUUAUGCCAACGCCAAACCUCUGUAUCCUGUUUAUUGUAAUGUAUAAUUCGGCCAAUGAAAGCUGCCCAGUGGAGUUUUUUUCCCAUUAGCAUGGUAAAUAUUUCUGUAAUCCAACUAAAGCAUAUAAUUGGUACUUGAGUAUGUUACUGCUAGAACCAUGGACCCCAAUUGCGCAGAACUGUUUCCAGUAGCUACUUACUGCCAAGGUUAUUUGUCUUAUCACAUAAAGGAGAAAGGCUAAUCACAAAAACUCCUGCAAAUCAAGUUUCUUGAAACUAAUUAUCCAAUUGCAGUAACCCACUCUGCCUCAACCAAUUUCCAUAUGUAUUCAACGAGCAUGUAAACUAUGUUUUCUUAAUCAAAUUUUCGAGAAUAGCUUGAUUCUGUGAAAUCAAACAGAGAGAGAGCGAGACAAGCUAAUAUUCUCUAACCCUGGCGGGAAUUGGGGACACACUAAGUGGACCCUGAAGUAAAAAUCAGCUCCUGAAUGGCACUUUAAGAGGAAGAAUGCUGACACUGAUGACACUUGUGCCUGCAAAACUAGUACAGUGGAACCUUGGUUCCUGGAUGCCUUGGUAAGGUACCCCUGCCCGUACGGGCCAGUCGUGUCCGACUAUAGGGUUGCGUGCUCAUCUCACUCUAGAGGCCAUGAGCCAGCGCCGUCCGAAGACACUUCCGGAUCACGUGGCCAGCGUGACGAAGCUGCAGCUGGCGAGCCAGCACCAGCGCAGCACACGGAAAUGCCAUUUACCUUCCCGCUAUAAAGCGGUACCUAUUUAUCUACUUGCACUUAAGAGUGCUUUCGAACUGCUAGGUGGGCAGGAGCUGGGACCGAAUGACGGGAGCUCACCCCGCCGUGGGGAUUCGAACCGCCGACCAUACGAUCAGCAAGUCCUAGGCACUGAGGUUUUACCCACAGCGCCACCCGCGUCCCGCGGAUGCCUUGGUACUCAAACAUUUUGGCUCCCAAACGCCGAAAACCUGGAAGUAAGUGUUCCGGUUUUCAAACUUUUUUGGAAGCUGUAUGUCUGGUGCAGCUGUCAGCUAUCGUUUCCAGGAUGUUUGCGCCAAUCGGAAACUGUACCUUGGUUUUCAGACUUCUGGAACGGAUUAUGUUCAAGAACCAAGGUACCACUGUACUUGGAUAGGAUCAUAAUUAACGUCUGUGUUUUGUAUUUCUCCGAAUUUUGCAGUACAGUUCACAGUUCAAAAAAAAUCAUUUCCAGAUGUAUGAAAUAAAACACAUAUUUCAGAAUAAAAUAUAUUUAGAAAUCCAAACACUGAAGUAAGAUACAUAUUAAAAGAUGCAUUUGCAAUAAAAUACAUAUUUAAGAGUUUAAACACAAAUUUCUGUAUUUUUAAAAAAAUUAAAAAAAUCACAGAUUAAUACAGAAGCAGGAUGGAAUGGGUUUUAAAAUAAACACAUAUGAAAUUAACAGGAACCAGAAUAGACAGAUUCACCCAUCUCUAGUAUUAAGGGUAAUAAAAUGGACAAGCUGGGCAAAUAAGGAUAUUUCUCAAGAAGAAAUAUGUGAUGGUAAGGAGGCAACUGCUUCUCCUCCACCAGCUUCUUAAUCAACUAAAUUUACUUGUAACAUUUGGUUUCUCUUUCCCUGUUUCGGGGGUGUGAAAACUAGAUAUUCCAAAGCAAUUUGUUGCCUUAUUCAGACAGAGAUAAUAUUGUAGGCAUAUUUGUACUUACUUCUGGGAUCUGACACAGCCCCUUUUCUUUCUCCUACACCAGCUGUGUACACACCAUACAUUUAAAGGACGUUCUCAACCCCAUCCCCACCUCAAAAAUAGGAAUCCUGGGAGCUGUGGUUUGGUGAGGUUGCUGGGAGUUAUAGUUCCUUCAGGGAUAAAACUACAGUUCCCAGGAUUCUUUGAGGAGGGAACUGUGCUUUGAAUAUCUGGUGGCUGUGCAGCCCUAGUCUCACAUCACUUCCUCUUAUUUCUCUGUCUCUGCUUUGAUACCCGUGCAGCCUUCCCUCUCUGUUUCCUAGACGCUGGCUGAUCAGUGUCCCCUGCAGGUCUGGCAACCAGAACAAACAUUUCAUGUGUCUCUUGGUUGAGCCAUCCCUGCUCGUCCUUUUAUAGAGAUGUCCAACAUAUCUUAAAGCAAUUUGACCAUAUCGUGCAUGGGUUUCUUUCGCCAAAUUUCCAUUUGUGAAUUCAUCCUGCUUUAAUUAAACAAUGCAAACAAACACAACAUCACUCAGGGCUUGAAAUGUGUUGUGGUACUGACAUGUCUGUCUAUAAAACUGCCAAAUGGAUUCACUUGAAAGAAGUUAUUUUAAAAAAAUAAGAAAAUAAAAAAGCUGUUCCUAACUGUGCCUGCACAAGUAACGAAAAGGAUAAUCAAAGUAGCCAUUGUGUACUCAUCAUCAUUAUCACCCUCAUGUUUAAUACCCAAGAACAGGUUACAACAAUUCAGAAUUCAAAAUCAGAAACAGUUAAAACAAAUUACAGUCACAGGAAUAGAGUGAGUGCUGAAAGCACAUAUCUCAAGUGCCAAAGUCCGGAGUAAAGAGAUGUACAGUGAAAGUGAAGAGGGAAUUUUACAACUUCACAAUGGGACUUAAUUCAUAGGCUCUGACCCAAUAGUGCUCCACCUGUGUUUCUUUCUACCUGAAGGAAACUUUGAAUUUUGUGGUAUGGAACAUUUCACAGCAAUAACACAGUACAGGUGCAUAAAUCCUAGAUUCCAUAGUAUCACAUACCACCAGUGCCAACAGAAAUCUCUGUUUCUUAGAACUGAGAGCAAAUAUGUAUUAGAUCCCAGAGAAAUCCAGUUUAGCAUCCUUUACCUUUACCCUUUAAUAUUCAAUGUCUGGGCUUGCUCUUUCUUCCAAGUUGCCAUUCUACAACAACAAAAUUGCCAGCCUACUGGAUCCCCAGAGCCCUUUGUCAGUCACUUCUCUUUGUUGUCCUGGCCUGGUCAGCCCCCCACAGAAACACUCAGGAGUCAGGGCUCCUGACAGAGCUGUCCCUCCCAAUAUCCGUUUUGCUGCUGGAUUAGGUCAUGGCAGAGCAGGCCCACCUAGGUAAGCAUCUAGGCAAGAGUUGGGAAGCAGGUUCUGGCAACCACACAUCCCACAAUGUGGAGAAUGCAAACAUUACAUUUAAAAAAAUGCUAGUUGGGGCCCCCUAAGCAGAACUAUCACAGUGGGGGGAACAGCAGAGCCAGAAAGCUUUUUAUUCUGUAAAGGUAAAGGGACCCCUGACCAUUAGGUCCAGUCGUGGCCGACUCUGGGGUUGUGGCACUCAUCUCGUUUAUUGGCCGAGGGAGCUGGCGUACAGCUUCCGGGUCAUGCGGCCAGCAUGACUAAGCCGCUUCUGGCGAACCAGAGCAGCGCUGGCGAACCAGAGCAGCGCACGGAAACGCCGUUUACCUUCCCGCCAGAGCGGUACCUAUUUAUCUACUUGCACUUUGACGUGCUUUCGAACUGCUAGGUUGGCAGGAGCAAGGACCGAGCAAUGGGAGCUCACCCCGUCGUGGGGAUUCGAAAUGCUGACCUUCUGAUCGGCAAGUCCUAGGCUCUGUGGUUUAACCCACAGCGCCACCCGCAUCCCUCAGUAUUUUAUUCUGUAGUUGACAUAAAACAAUGAAUUUGCCUUAUUUGAAUCUGAAUUUGUCAUCUGAUCCAGCCUUCCCCAUGCUUCUCUUGAGUCUGUUAACAUUGUGUUGCUUUCUGCAAUUGCACAAUUCAUUUUUUUUGUAAUAAAUCUUAAGGCUCCUAAAGUUAAAUUGGUUAUCUCCAAAGCACUCAGUCCAAACCUUAUUCCCUCUGGCAAAUACAGAGACUACACCAAAUUAAUAUUUAUUUGCAAAGGGACAGAUGCAUAGUCUGUGCACGUCUGAUUCUGAAUUAAUAUACAGUGAGUUGAGGGCCUGGGAGGAAGAUGAGCUUUUGAACAAACUGAUUCUGUAUGGUGCCAUCCCAUAAGCAGCAAGGAAUCAGGAAAUUUCAGGCUUAUGGUGCCUGGGUCUUUCCUAAAACCACAAAAAUAGGCAACUGAAUGCAGGCUUUCAUUUUUUUCAUUUGAAUAUGGCCCUCAGGUUUUAUAGGCAACUGUUCAUGUCAUAGGUACUGCUGUAUUUGCAGCAUCUCUUGAGAAAAGGAUUAGAAAAAUCUGUUUAAAACAAACCAAAAUACCUAGCCAUAGCCCACACCAACAGAAGGCAUAACUCAUAAGCUAGUCACAGAAUUGACAGCAGAGGGGAAUGUCUGACAGAGAAGAAUGUGUUUUGGCACCCAUAAUCAUUUAUUCUUAUUUCAAAGAGCAAUUGAAACCUUACUCAAAGGGACUCAUCCACUCCACUGAUCCAGUGGAAGGAAAUCCCUAUAAAUAAACAGGGACCAUUUUUGCUUCUUUUUACCCCAUAUCUUAGUAGGGCAGAUGCUUUGGAAUCAAGCAACAGAAGAGACAAUGAAAGAAGCUCCUUCUGUGCUGGAGCAACUGGCCAGACUGAGAGGCCCCAUCAGAGUCAACUCUUUUGUAUAACCAGUGGAGAUCCUAUUGGCCCUUUGUGUCACAUGAUCACUGCUAGAUGGAUAACUGCAGUACCGUGUUCUAGCCACCUCCAGUGAUUGUGGCAGCACAGCAAAGAACAGGCUAGCAAUUCUCUUCUGAUUUCUGCUGUUGAUUGGAGAUAGUUGAGGAAUAAUAAUAAUAAUAAUAAUAAUAAUAAUACCACAGUACUCUCACCCUUUAAAAGCUGCUGCUGGAACUUCCUCUCACCUGGCAAAGUGAAAAGCAUGAAAUGAUGUUUAAAUAUCCAUAGACACACUGGAAAACUACUUACUUUCCUGUUUUUUCCUACUGGUCAUCCAAGCACAUGGAAGAAGGAUGAUCAGCCAAAAAAGCAUGCCGUAUAUAAUUUGCACCCAGAAACAGUGCUACCUGAUCUUUGCUCAGUUCAGUAUAGACCUGCAUAGGGAUUAAUCAUUGUGAAACCAUAUGGGAAAUGAACUAGGUGCAUUAUCAAAAAUAUUCUGGCAUCCCUCUCUCAGAUAAGGAGAAAAACGAAACAGCUGCAAAUCUUGGCAUUUGCUACAGAAUUCACAUCAAUAUUCAAUGAGACUCAAGCAGAUGGAGGAAGCUAUGUCAGGAAUAAAAUUGUGUUCUGAAGAAAUGAAAGUUUGUUUUGAUUCUGGUCAAGACUGUGCAAGGGUUUGGUUGUUAGUUGAUUGGCUCUGAUAGCGGUUUCCCAUUCUCUAGAUUUUUUCUUCCCGGCUAAUAUUGUUGGCUUUAUAAUUGUUAUCCAUCCCACAUUACAAAGAGAAGGACAAGCUGGAAUUAAAGAAGGGGUCCCCCCUCCUUGACAUAUUUCAGGAAACCAUUAAGCUCCAUCUUCUGCCAAACGAAUAGCUCGGCAUAAUUAAUGCAUUAAAGACUUAUUAGAGUUGAUCAGACUAAUGCAAGUCGAAGUUUACCCCUAAAUAUAUCUCUGGUGCUGAGUACAGGAACUAAAUGGGAACAGUCACAACUGAAAGCAAGCCGGAUGUGUUCUGCAGCCUUUGUUCUUUCUUUUCUAUAGCCAGAACUAUGUAUGAGGUAGCUGAAGCAUGUCUAUGAAACCUAGGAAUAUAAGUAGAGUCUUCCUGGAUCAGGCCAAAGGCCCUAUCUAAUCCAGCAUCCUGCUCAUCAAAAUGGCCAACCAGAUGUCUCUGGGAAAUCCACAAACAGGGCAUGGGGACUGAAGUGUAGGUGGGUUUCCAUGAGGCAAGACACAGCGAUAACAGCAAAAACCUUUAUUGAACUAACAGAACUGGACAACAGGAGCAAAGCAACUGUUUAUAUAUGGUACAUUUCUGAAGGCCUCGGCCACUCCCACUUCCAAUGUGAUUGGCUGCCUAAACUUCCAAGCUGCGAAUCAUGACUCAGAGUUUAAGGGCCAAUGGCAGAGGCUAAAAUCCUGAAAUGUUCUGUGAUUGGAUAUCACGUAUCAAAUCAGAACACAGGGGCUCAGAAUCCUUAGUCCAGACUCAAGUUCAGGCAAACACAGACCACUGAAUACAUAACGCCAGCAAUAGCAGUCUCCCUCUGUUGCUCAUCAGCAAAUAUAGUGCUUCUGGCCCAGAAUUCGGUGCUAGUCACCAUGGCUAGUAGCCAUUGGUAGUUUUAUCGUCCACAGAUUUGUAUAAUCCCAUUUUAACUCCACCUAAGGGAGUGGCCAUCACCAGCAUUGAUGUUGAGAUAUUUAGGCAGAACUACUAGUCAUGCUAAAAGGGACGUGGGUGGCGCUGUGGGUUAAACCACAGAGCCUAGGACUUGCCGAUCAGAAGGUCGGUGGUUCAAAUCCCCGCGACGGGGUGAGCUGCCGUUGCUCGGUCCCUGCUCCUGCCAACCUAGCAGUUCAAAAGCACGUCAAAGUGCAAGUAGAUAAGUAGGUACCGCUCCAGCAGGAAGGUAAACGGCGUUUCUGUGCGCUGCUCUGGUUCGCCAGAAGCGGCUAAGUCAUGCUGGCCACAUGACCCGGAAGCCGUACGCCGGCUCCCUCGGCCAAUAAAGCGAGAUGAGCGCCGCAACCCCAGAGUCGGCCACAACUGGACCUAAUGGUCAGGGGUCCCUUUACCUUUACCUUUACUAGUCAUGCUGAAGGAAUAGUUUUCAUGCUUCUUUUUUCUAAUUUAAAUAGCAGCUGCAGGGUGGCUGAUUAGGAGUGGGACCUUCAAAGCACAAUCUUCUACAGCACAAUCCUGUUGAAAAGCUAGCCCUAAAGCCAUUAUUUACACUGUAGUGCCCAGGAACAGUCUGCCUACCAAUGGUGUCUCAGGAGGCAAUAAAAUUCUUCCGACACAAUCUCUUGGUCCUAUACCCCAAAUCCCAGGGCCGGCCCUACCACAAAGCCAGCAAAGUGAUGCAUACCCUCCAGUAUUCCUCAGAUGAAAAUAGGGACAUUCUAUUCUACAUCAGUAUCACUGCUUGAGCAUUUUCUUCUGGUCAUGUACAAAAGUUAUUAGAGGAGACACACAAGACUGCAGUAUUUUAAGCACAGAAAUUUUUGAAUUUAUGUAUUGCAUUUAGGAACACUUGAGGUACCCUGCCCCCAAGGUCCUAUUUCUCAAUAGUCUUUCCACUCACCCCCUAUUUUGUGACUGCCCCUUGCUGGAUCUUUUCUUCCCUUGGCCGUAGCGACAACCUGUAAUAGCUAAGAAAUACUUCCACUAUUUGGCUUGGGCAAGUUGUGGGACACGUCUAAGAGCAAGGAUGCCAGGACAUGCACACAGGAUAAAGAAAGCACUGCGCUGUUCAAGCCUUAGCAGGGCUACUCUUUCAGGGUCCAUGGGCAAAACUGCAGCUAAACUAAAACUGCAAGUUAGCUGCAAUUUUGCCCAUGGUCCUUUCAAGAGCAGCUUAAAGUAGCUUGUGUUUGGGAAUUUGGGACUCCCCAUGACAAAGUGAGAAGUUGUGGUGGCUUAAGGGUUUUUGUGAAGGUCCAGGCAUUUUCAUGGCAAGUGGAGACUAUGAGUGGUGUGCUUCAGACAGCAUCAUGAGAUAACAGGUGAAGGCAAGAACUGGUGUUUGGAUGGCACAGCAAGACCUUUAAAAGUGUUUGGCCUGAGCAGAGGGCCACAUCAUUCGGGCUCCACUUCAGGGGCAAAAUGUCUUGAGCCAGCAGCACCAAAUCCGAAAGAAGACUCAUGCAAUAUGCUUUGAAGUGGACAAGGUGAUGGAUAACCUUAAAGAACACAGUCUCUUUCUGUCCCUUCCCCACUCUCAUUUUGAAGAACAGUUUGCUUGCACCAGCUCCACAUGUGAACUGCAAGCUGUGUGACAGAAUCCCUGCGCAAUAAUGGGCUCUGCUGUAGCCCGUCAAAUUUGUCUAAACAUGAAAAGCAAUAUUGGCAUCUCUAAGAAGCUUUGAAAACAUGAGUAAUUCAUUUGAGAAAAUGACGGCAAUAUUUUUACUGGAAAAUCGUUGCAUAUCAGAGUUCUUCAGUGUUAUUUCUGGGAACAAGCCUACAACAUGUUCCUUUUGUUUAUAUAUUCAUUGUUGCUUGCCGUGGCCUUCUCAAUUACCACCAAGAAAAUGUUGAAGCCAGAGCAAUGAUACUGAACCAAAUAUUAUAGAUACAUAGAUAUGCUGCUGCUGCUGUCUUGAAAUCUCUGGAUGAUGUCAAAUUGGCUAAAACAUGGUUACAAGAGAAGCUGUAGCUUCUGCAGCCUUGAGAAGUCUACUUUGACCACAUUACAGAUGGGAGGUAUCAAAGAAGCAAUGAAGCUUUUAUGCUGCUGGUUUUAACUGCUGUCUGCAAUUUGUUAUAGUGUUGUUUUAAAAUUGUUUUUAUGUAAUUUUAUUAUUGUGAGCUGCCCUGGGCUCCCUUGGAAGAGGAAGGGUGAGUUAUAAAUUUGAAAUAAUAAUAUUUUUAUUUUUAAGUAGUAGUAAUAGCAAUACAGUGGUACCUCAGGUUACAGGUGUUUCAUGUUACAGACGCUAAAGGUUACAGACUCCGCUAGCCCAGAAAUAGUACCUCGGGUUAAGAACUUUGCUUCAGGAUGAGAACAGAAAUUGCGCAGUGGCGGAGCGGCAGCAGCGGGAGGCCCCAUUAGCUAAAGUGGUACCUCAGGUUAAGAACAGUUUCACGUUAAGAACAGACCUCCAGAACGAAUUAAAUUCUUAACCUGAGGUACCACUGUAGUACAUUUUUUCGCAUGGAGUGCCACACAUAGCUACCCUCCCCUAAUUUUAUUCACACAACAGUCCUAUAAAGUAGAUUAGGCAGUAGGUCUAUGGUUGACCCAAGAUCACUCAGGUAACUUAAUGGCUGAGUAGGAAUGGGUUCAGUGUAAUGUGGCUGUAGACAAAGCUAUCUUUGUGCUUCUAUACAAAUAAUUGUGUUUCUAUACAAAUAAUACAAAUACCAUUUCAAAAAUGGCAAGAGUUUCUAAAUUAUUUGUAUAGAAACAAAAAGAUGGCUUGCUAGAGCCACACAGUCUAAGCUUGAAGCAUUCCGCUUGGAUGUUCAUACUGGUCGGUUCACAUGGUGGAAAAGAAAGGGUGGAAAGCGGGCAAGCAAAAUGUUUGGUAGUGCUUUCUCCCAAGGUGAGGGAGAGUGGCCUAGCUAAGCUUGGCAGGACAGCUUACUCUUUGGUCUUAACCCCUCCGUGCAUUAAUUAGUGUUACAUGAGACUGGAUAUAUCUCACAGUUUGAACCUAGGUCACUAUGAGCUUAGUGCAACUACUAGUCAAAUCUGCUAAAUUAACGCUAACAUGAUGUGCAGGGGCCUUAUCAGGACUUUUAGUGGUCCUUUGUUUGGGCUGCAGUACCACAAAUUAUUGAGCAAUCUUCACGGAUGGGAAACUGGUGAAUUACUGAAGUCUAUUUGUACAUUCCAAUCUGCUAGCAAAGCUUGCAAGACCUUAGAUCCGGGCAAAUAUGUUGUAGCAAAGUUUCAUCAAAGUGGCAAGAAGAGCAGUGUCCUGCUCUGAUAUAGCAAUUCAGAUUCUGUAAGGACGUCAAUUAAUUCCCAAGUGAGAGUUUGCAUCCUGGGAAGCUAAGCCUAUUGGCAGCAAACAGCGGCAUAGUGUGGGUUACCAGUGCCCGGGGCCACUUGGAGGGGUGGUGGGAGGGAGGGAAAUGGACAGAGUGCAUAGGCGCAUUCAACUGCCUAACGGCGUCCACGUCACCCAAGGGAUCACAGCCGCAGAGAUAAACAAAGAAGAGUCAUUCAGUUGUCUGAAGAGGUCACUUCUGGUUCGCAUGGAGAAGCCAUUUUCAACAGAGCCCUGCCACGGAAGUGUGCAGCUGUAUCAAGGCAGCACUAGGCGUUGACAUUUUGUGCCCCCUGACAAUUUAGCACCCAAGACAGUCAUCCCUGUCCCCCCCCCCCAUGCUAUGCCACUGGCAGCAAAUACUACUGUAUAGGGGAACUUAAUACAAAUAUAAACAUUUUGUAGCCCCUUAAAUGAAACUGGUCAUUCCAAAAUUGCUCAGUUUUCCAAAACUGCGAAAGAGUAAGUUACUCUAUCAGUUUUUCAAAGCUGGAGGAUCUCAGUGCCUUCAGAGCCCCCUGAAGCAGCCAUGGCUAUUUUGCUGGCAGAACAGCUUUUAGGGAGCAAAGUGAACCUUAAUCUGUUGCCUAGAAAUUAAAGGAAAAACAACUCCGAGAUAACGCAAUAUUACUUAAAUAAUCAUCUGCUGGAAUUGCUUAUUUAUGGAAUGAGAACCUGGAUGGAAACACAUGGAAAAUACCUUUGUAAUUUACACUUACCUCAAAAAAGCCUUUGUUUCAUCUCUGGCCUUGCCAACAUACUUCUGAGCUGAGCCGUGUGUCUUAAGUCCUGUCUGUCUUUCGUUACCGCACAGGCGUGUGGCAGGCAGCAAGCCAGCUGGAGGCAGAGAUUUUGACUACUAACUGUUACCAGCUGAUUCCCUGCCUCCCAAAAAUGAAUGUGACCCACUGGUUCAAAGACCUCACAAUUCAUUUCUAAAAUCCAUAUCAGAAUGCUUUAAUCAAGAUAGUCCCAAGCAUUUCUCUAAAAGACCCACCAAGAACAUUUGUCUGCAGUUUGGGACUGUGCCUGGGAAGGCCAGACAUAUUGCGGACACGAAGGUGGCAAAAUUGCUUGAGUGCUUCUCACUGAAUGAAGCAUAUCCACCAUUCUUACACAUAGGAGUGUGCAAGCAAAAGUUUUUCUUGCAACCAUCGGUUUAUUUAUUUUCCUUCUAAAGCCAUUUAUAUGAGUUGCCGUUGAUUCAUUGGAACACCAUUCACUGUGUCAUGAUUUUUUGCCUAUACAGUGGUACCUCGGGUUAAGGACUUAAUUCGUUCUGGAGGUCCAUUCUUAACCUGAAACUGUUCUUAACCUGAGGUACCACAUUAGCUAAUGGGGCCUCCCGCUGCCACCGCGUGAUUUCUGUUCUCAUCCUGAAGCAAAGUUCUUAACCCGAGGUACUAUUUCUGGGUUAGCGGAGUCUGUAACCUGAAGCGUCUGUAACCCAAGGUACCACUGUUUUCAUUCUGAAACCUGUCAUUCAUGUCCUUGUUGAUUUGCUAGAGUUCUCUUCCAUGGGUUUUUGCCCACUUUAGUUUUCCCAUUCUGCUUUCAUUUUCAUUGAUUUCAGUGGAGUAUUUAGAUGAUACUGCAGAGCUUGUAAAUGCUGGUGCUAUCCAUCUUACAGUUUUCAGACAUCACACUGCCCUCUGUUAAUAUAAUACAUGGGUAGGCAAACUAAGGCCCGGGGGCCGGAUCUGGCCCAAUCAUCUUCUAAAUCCGGCUAGCGGGUGGUCCGGGAAUCAGCGUGUUUUUACAUUAGUAGAAUGUGUCCUUUUAUUUAAAAUGCAUCUCUGGGUUAUUUCUGGGGCAUAGGAAUUUGUUCUUUUUUUUUCUUUCCAAAAUAUAGUCCGGCCCCCCAAAAGGUCGGAGGGACAGUGGACUGGCCCCUCUUCUGAAAAAGUUUGCUGACCCCUAAAAUUAUAAUACUUUCCAAAUUUUAGAAAGAUAGAUACAGUUCUGCCCACUUUAUAGCUAAUUUGUAGUGUCAUGGGUCCUAGCCCCACAUUGGACAAAAGAUUCCUGCGUUGCUGGGGAUUGGACUAGAUGACACUCAUGGUCCCUAUGAGUGUAUGAUUCUAUUAUUCUCUCCCCUCCCUGUUUCCCAUUUUAAUCUUCACUCUCCCCUUGAUAGGGGAGGGUCCUAGCAUAUAACAGGUUUCAUUCAUUUGUUUAUUUGUUGCAAGGACGCGGGUGGCACUGUGGACUAAUCGACUGAGCCUCUUGGGCUUGCUGAUCAGAAGGUUGGUGAUUCGAAUCUGCACAAUGGGGUGAGCUCCCGUUGCUCUGUUCCAACUUCUGCCAACCUAGCAGUAAUAAUAUAAUAACAAUAAUUUAUUAUUUAUAUGCCACCCAUCUGGCUGGGUUUCCUCAGCCACUUUGGGUGGCUCCCAACAGAAUAUAUAUAUAAAAGCGACUAAACAUCAAACAUUAAAAACUUCCCUAAACAGGGCUGCCUUCAGAAGUCUUCUAACAGUCAGAUAGUUGUUUAUUUCCUUGACAUCUGAUGGGAGGGUGUUCCACAGGGCGGGUGCCACUAUCAAGAAGGCUUUCUACUUGGUUCCCUGUAACCUCACUUCUCACAGUGAGGGAACCGCCAGGAGGCCCUCAGAGCUGGGCCUCAGUGUCUGGGCUGAAUGAGGGGGGUAGAGACACUCAUUCGGGCGGAGGCAGUUUGAAAGCGGAGGCAGUGCAAGUAGAUGAAUAGGUACCACUGUGGCGGGAAGGUAAACGGCAUUUCCAUGCACUCUGGCUUCUGUCACGGUGUUCCAUUGUGCCAGAAGCUGUUUAGUCAUGCUGGCCACAUGACAAGGAAAGUUGUCUGCGGACAAACGCCGGCUCCUUCGGCCUGAAAGCGAGAUGAGCACCGCAACCCAUAGUGUCCUUUGACUGGACUUAAGCAUCCAGGGGUCCUUUACCUUUCACCUUUACCUUAUUUGUUGCAUUUUUAUCCCACCUUUUCCUCCAAGGGGUUCAAGGUGGUGUGCAUGGUUCUCCCCUUCCUCAUUUAAUCCCCACAACAAUCCCGUGAUCAAGAUUGGGCUGAGAGGCAGUGAACUUAAUGGCUGUGGCGAUUCAAACCUUGCUCUCCAUGGUCCUAUUCCAGCACUCCAACUCCUAUCCCAUCCUGGUUCUCAGUUGGUGUUUGGAUCAUGACUGCAUCCUUUCUGACCAUUGCAGACUGUUUAUCUACAGCAUUUUGUGUGACAAAAUUAAAACCAAUUAAAAAAUGGUUCAUGAUUUCAUGAAUUAUGUAUGUUUAUAUGCAUCCCUAGCAAUAUGAAUUAAGUUUUAUGCUGUUCAGGCAACUUACUUUUUAUGAGUAUUAUAUUUACAAUCUGGAUAACAUUUCAGUUUAUUUAUUUAUUUUUGAAUUCAUGGCCCUAUAUUCCCUGGCUAGGGAGCUUCAUUACGAAUGAAUGGCUUUGCAUAUUCUUAGUGGCUUCAUAAGAAACUGAUUUAGGGAGCUUCAUGUUUUUUACAUAUGGGUAAGUAUAUAACAUUUGGGCAAAGGAUUAUAUUAGAAAGCAUGUAACAUAAACAAAAAAGUUAAAGUAAUAGAUGCAAAUAUUCAGGGAAAUUGUUCUUUCCCAAAAGAUAUUAAAAACAUAACUUUUAAGCUUUAGAAAGCAAAUAUUAUUUCCCUGGUUAAAUCCAGUGCUGGUAACCACUUGAAUUUCAACUGCACCAAAACACAUUACUAUUUGAUUUAAUAAUAUAAGAAAAUACUAUUGGGGAAAGUAUGUUACCAUAAGCAUAACAAAAUUAUACCAUUGAGCAAUUCACAAACAAUCCAUAGGCAAUAAUGCAAUAAAAUUUUUGCUAUUCCUUUAUAAAGCAUUUGGAGUGGAUAAAUUGCUUUACGAUUCUUAUUCUUCCUAAUGAGUUCACGCAGUAAGUCAUUCUUAUGCAUCUUCUUGUUGACAGCAAAGUCUCUCAAAGAAACGUUCCCAUCAGUUCAGUCUGUUGGUCUACCAAAAAGGCUUCAGCCACUUACAACCAAAACUGCAAAGCGUUAAAGAAACAGAAAGGGAAAUACAGCCGAAAAAGACAAAAAUAGGAAAAUAUUACCAAAUGCAAAUCAUCUGCUAGGCCACCAGCCACUGGGAUCUCUAUAAAUUCUUUCUUAACUUUCCAGGCUGGGAUGGCGAAACUGGCCCCUCUAAACAUCAUAAAUGUCAUACAAUAAGAAAGUUAAAAGCUUGGUCUACUAUUAUUAGUAUGAUUAGUAUACACAUACAUAUGACCUAAAUUGACAGCUGAUGGUGUCCUGGCCCUCAAAGUUAAUGUGACCCACUGGUCCAAAGACUAUACCAUUCAGUAUUUAAAUCCAUAUCAAACCAGGUUGUUUCAAAUGCCAAACCCAGGGGAAUUUAAGAAGGGUGCAUCUGAAUCUAUGGCAUGAUGGUAUUACCUGAGAUGUUUCUUAAAUUCCCCUGGGUUUGGCAGAGAAACUUCACUUAGCAUUUGCAAAACAGACUUACUGCCUAUUCAUGUUCUUUGAAUCUAACCCUAUGACUUGGAUCCAGUUUCCCAUUUCUAUACUGCCUUUCAUCUAAGGAUUACAGGGUGGUUUGCAAUAUAAAAAUACAAAAAUAUAUAACAAAAUACCAUCACCACCAUGCCACCCCAAUCUCUGAGUGGUACAAAAUUCCAGGGGUUCUGACCAAGACACUAUACUUCUGUUGAUGCAACCUAGAAUAGCAUCAGAUUUUUUUUCUGCUGCAUCCCACUGUUGACUUAAGCCUGUGGUCUGCUAAGACCCCUACAUCCUCUUCACAUGUACUCCUGGCAAUCCAGGUGCUCUCCAUCUUAUAUUUGUGCUGCUGGUUAUUCCUGCCAAAGUGUAGAACCUUACACUUUGUCCCUACUGAAAUUCAUUUUGUUAGUUUGGGCCCAGUUCUCCAAUCUGUGAAGUUCAUCUUGAAUCUCGAUUCUGCCUUCUUGGCACCUCCUCCCAGUUUGGUGUCAUGUGCAAAUUUGAUGAGCAUCUCCUCAAUUCCUUCAUUAAGGUGGUUUAUAAAGAUGUUGAACAUCAACGGGCUCAGGACAGAACUCUGAGGCACCCCACGUCACUUUUUUCCAGGAUGAUGAGGAACCAUUAAGGAGCACUCGUUGGGUUCAGUCAGUCAACUAGUUACAAAUCCACCUAACAGUUGCCUUGCCCAGUCCACAUUUUAUCAUCUUCCCUGCAAUAUCAUGAGGGACUUUGUCAAAAGCAUUACUGAAAUUGGGGUACACUAUGUCCACAGCAUUCCCCUGAUCCACCAAGCUUGUAACUCUAUUUAAAAAAAGAAAGAAAUGUGAUUCAUCUGGCAUGACUUCUUUUUGAGAAACCAUGCUAGAUCUUAGUAAUCACAGCCUCCUUUUCUAAUUGCUCACAUACCGACUAUUUAAUUUUAGGACCUUUCCUGGUAUCGAUGUCAAGCUGAGCAGUGGGUAAUUACACAGGUUUUCUUUUUUCCCUUUUUUGAAGAUAGGGAGAUAUACAAUCUGAGCCUACAAUGGAGAGGCUCACAGCAUUAACAUCCCAAAAGGUCUUGCUUCUCCCAUAGUCACAGCCUUGGAUUCAAGCAGAAAUCAAGCAUGGCUCAGUCUCUUUGGCGUCUCCCUGCUUCUAGCACACUACUUUGGCCAUUGUCCUUCCCACUACUAGCCAGGUGAGGGAGGGAGGGAGGGCUAAACUAUCUGGUCUCUGUCACAAAGCCACUUCUUUGUUAUACUAACAACCAUUGCUUGGUGUCCAUUAACCCACCAAGAAGCUGACCUGGCUGCUUCAACAACUGAGUCCCCCAAACUCACAACAGUAUUAUUUAUAAAUGCUGAGCACACAUAUCAACAGAGUAGAAUUCAAGACACUGCCAAAGUUAGCUUCUCACAAUAAUUGCACUAAUAAACUGAAGAUAUUAUAACAUGCUUUUCGUGAUCAUAAUCCAAAAUUCUGUAAAUGUGUUUUGGGGAUUACUAGUCUGUGGGUUGUACUCAGUCCCAUUGAAAUGAAUAGACCUAGGUUAGGCAUGUCCAUUAAUUUCAAUGGGUCUUCUCUGAAUAUGACAAAUAUUGGAUAGAACAUCUGCAUACAUUUUGAUGAACUAUAAGCCAAGAAUGAAUUACAGGCAUUCUUUCAUUCUAACAGCAACACAAAAGUUCCUGACAAAUGCUCAUUUCUGAGAUAUAUUUCUAUCAGGUAUUCUAAACAUGAUCAGUACAUGGUCUUUAGGUAACUUAAUACCAAUUAUUCUCUUACUAACAACUCUCCAAACCCCUUUAAACAUUUGGACAACUCCCACCAUAUGUGGAAAACAUGGUUUACCAGGUUUCCUUGACAGAAGGAAGAAGCAGUUGCCAAAACUGUAAGAUCAAAUCAAAGUCAAUUAAGGAUUCAAGAUUUAUGGACAAUGACCUCAUAAGGUAAAAUCAUGCCUUCGGCAUCAUUUCUGAGAUAUAAAUUUACUUUUGCCCAUCAGUAGUAACUGCUUAUUUUUGCUCAGACCAUGUGUAGUAAAGGGAUUGACCACAGAGUCAUGCACUUCAUUACAGCACAUCCCCUUCUCCCACUUUGUUUUUUUUUUAAAUGAUAUUUAUUAAGGUUUCCAAAAAAAGGUUACAUAUAUAAGAAAAAGAAAAAUAGAGAAAAGAAAAAAUACAAAAUACAGAAAAAAUAAGAGAGACUUAAAAACAAAUCAAUCUUUCCAUACCUUACAUUUCAUUUACUUGUUUCCCUGACCUCCUCACGCCUCCCUUUUUUGUAUUCCAGUUCAGUUAAUUAAUUCAGCAAUUCCUUUCCCUCUUUGUUUUUAUCUUAAUCCUUUAACUUAAUAUAUUAUAACCUUAGAUUCUCACCUGUUAACAAUCCAUUUUUACAUACACCUUUAUAACAUUGCUGCUAAAACCACUUAACUUCAUUCUGACAUCAUUCUAACAUUCAUUAAUUUUGCAGUAUUUCUGUAAAUAGUCUUUAAAUUUCUUCCAAUCUUCUUCCACCAACUCUUCUCCCUGGUCUCGGAUUCUGCCAGUCAUUUCCGCCAGUUCCAUGUAGUCCACCCUCCUCCCACUUUGACAGCUUUUAACAAGGUUUCUCUUUGUCUCAGAGGACUACAGUUAGAGAAUACAAUUAUCUAGAGAUUAUCCAGAAAGACUUAUAAAAGGCAUUGGAGUUCAAUACUUCAGUCCCAGUCCACCUAAAACUUCAGCCUCUAUUUUAAGAGCAUCUCAAGAUGUGUGUUGUAAAACUGAUGUGGCCUUUAUACAAAGCAGCUCGAAUCUGACACUUAAAAGAGGAGGUUUUAUACGGGGCCAUAAAAUCACACUCGAAUAAAAAAGUAUCUGCAGAUGAAUCUUGAGGGCUUUAACCGUGGGCUAACCUUGCUUACAGUACGUGGUACUCAGGGAAAGCAUCCAGUCAGGCAAGGGUAGGGCUGUGGUGUGGUGGGGGCUCAUACAAAACAGCAAUUAGAUUUUGCCAACAGGAAAGCAUUAAGUGCAACUGAAAAUUAUUGUCAGCGGUAUUGCUUGCAAAUCCAAACGAAUGCCAUUCUUCAAUUUGUGCUGCAUUCUGUUCCAUCCUAUCCACGGUCCCUCGGGUCUUCUUUACCGCAGCACAUGAGCACCUUCCAGUAGUGCCUUGAGUGAUGUGACUAACAUCUGUCAUGUAUGACUCAUUCUUACUCCGGGAGAGAAUAGUGCGCACAGCAGGGGGUUGGCUUUUGUUUAGUAGGUGUGGGUUUGUUUGCUUUGGUUGGCUUUGGGUAGGAAUGCGCAUGCUGCUAAGAGUUCACAGGAGCCAUGGGAGACCAAAGACAUUUCACCUUGCGCUCGGAGCGAAAGGUGAUGGAGCCUAUGAAGGCUCUUGGCUUUGGCAUGGGAGCUGUCCUUCAAUGAAAUUUUGACAGAAUGAAAACACAGGUGUCCUCUUUUAUGGAGAGAGCAACAGGCUUCGUUUCCCUCCAAGGCCCCUGCCACAGAUGAUAGUUCCCCUCCCACCUGCCUGACUGGCUUCCCCAUCAGAUUCAUCCCCAACAACCAGUUGCCAUAGCAGCAUCCUAGCAGUCUCUGAGGAGUAGCAUCAAGUUAUAAGUCAACAUCGCUGCCAAUACUACACGUCAGUUAAACCAGUGUUGCCAGAUGUGCAACCAUUCUCACUUGCCUAUAGGCCUUGUCUAUGAAGUACAACCCCUUUUUCACAAAUAUACAAUAAUCCGGGGUUGUUCUGGGGACCGUACUAACUUGGGCAGCACUCUGGCAACUCCCAAAGUGCUCAAGAGGUCUCCUGCAGGAGAAGGAGAGAGAAAUUUUACUGGAAGGUGGUUUUCUUCUGCUUUUACUCCUAUUUCCAUCCCAACCUGAGAAAACAGAAGGAGUGUUCACACAUUUCAUUCAAGAAGUGUACCAUCUGAUCUGUACAGUCAUACAGCUGUUCACAUGUAACGUUCAACAAGUCCACUAGGGGCAACUAUGGGAGUUAACCCACUAAAAUUAAUAGACUAAACUUCCGCAUUUUCAUUAUUUUCAGUAGGUCUUUACUGAGUAAAACUUCAUUGACUAUCACCUUGUAUUCAUAAACUGCUGUGAGUUCAAGGAAUGAGGCAGGAUAGGAAAUUACAUAAAUUAAUAUCAGUAACUUGAAAUUGCAUUAUUAUAGCUAAGGCGGGAGGCCAUUUCUUUUCUUCUCCUCCAAUAAUAUGGAAUUGUGGAAGGAUUCUCUUUUUCAAAAAAACCCCAGAAAUGUAGGCUUACUUUAACAGUCCUGCAGCUGUUCUACAACAUUAGUGUUUAGUUUCCACAUAUCACUGAUAUUUUUCAAAGGGAAUAAUGUCUAACAUAUAUAUUUCAACUGUAUUGGGGCUUUUCUUCUUAGACAUUUCUUAAGCCAUUACUACAGAACCCUGUGGAUUAUCACAAUAUUGUGAAUUCUAAGAACUGAGUUGACAUACCAGUCGAUUAAUAAGGAGGUGACAACAUUACUUUGGUCUUCUGGUAACCACUCAUGCCCUGUGGAAUUUAUGAAUCCGAAGGUAUUUUUGUUUUCAGCCAGCCAUGGGUGUCCGCUGUUAAUAUUGGUCCAGCACCUUCUCCAGUUCAUAUCCAGUGUGACAUUUUUAAUAUAUACAAGCAAAUCUCCAUUGGCCCCAAGGAUAUCGAAUCUGAAGUUGUUCUGACAACAUCCAUCAACUCUGUUAGUUUUAAUGGGAGCUGAGGUGUGUGUGUGGGGGGGAGGUGGCCAGUAAAGAGGUGCUACAAUAAUAAUAACCAACUUUCAAAGGCGAGAAACAGCUUGAUAUGUAGCCAGAGAAGUGCCAGUGUUCAUCAUUUUUGACAAAGAGGAAUUUCACUAAGAACAGCAAGUUUUGCUUUCCUUAAUAUCCACUGAGACUCCAAAAGAGAGGGGAGGAAUACAUAACACGGGGAGUAUCCAGUUCUUAUACUUUAACUCAGCUUAAGCCCUUAGCUGGACUCAUGGAAAACAAUCUUUCCAUAACAUAUUUCACCAAGAUUCCUAAGGUGUCUAAGUCUAUCUUGUGCACCCAAAUCCAAAUUUUUGUUUGUUGCUUUGUUUAAAAAUAGAAAUAGAAACCAUACUUCUAAAGCACAUCCAAGGCACAUCACUUUCCCCAAAGAAUUCUGGGAUGACUGAUAUCAGUCAGGCGCAUUUGCUGUAUUUUUUUUGGUGCCUGCUUUAAAAAAAAAUGUUUAAGCAAGCCUAACUAGACAGAUGUGUUUUAAUCUCUUUUAAAUAUGUUUGAAAUAUUUUAAUUACUUGUUUUUAACUUGUCUUUUAUUGAUAGUUUUAUUUGUUCUUGCAAAUUGCUUAGAGGCUUUAUUACAGUCGAGCAGUAUAUAAAUCAUGCUAGCUAAAGCAAUUUUCAAUAGCAACUAAUGUCAGUGUAAAAUUAAAAUAUUAAACCAGCCCACAAAUACAGCAGCACACACAAAGUCUGAAAAUUCAUGGGUGUGAGGAAAAAAGAGAAUUCUGUUUUAUCAAUUAUUUUCUCUUAAUCUGAUCUAUUAGAAAUAUAAAUGAAACGUAACACAACAUGUAUUGAGAGUUUAUGCCUCACAUUUCUUACACCAGCUGUUUUUAUUUCACUUUAAAUCAGCAAAGCUUUUACACCAAGUCUUUGGAACUGACCAUCUGAGCAGCAAUACCGUUAGCCCUGACCACAUGUUUUCUAUUUGGUGUUUCUGAGGUAAAAUCCCCUCAUGAGAGUGGGAGAAAUGAAAACGUGACUUGCAGGAAAUAUAAAAAUCUGUCUCCCCUUCACCCCAGACUUAAAAGAGGGCAUGGAUUCAUGAGGAUAUAAAGCAAAAGAAGCCAAUACUUUUGUAUUUUAUUUUUUAAAGCAAAAUGUGGUAGAGUGAGUUUCUAAAAGUUUACUAAGUCACGAAUGAUCGGUUAAUCAGUUGUGUUGAAGGCAGUGGAACCUGCAUUCUCUGGAAGGCCUCACUAAAACUUGCAGUCCAACUUGCUUUAGAAAGGCUAUUUGCCUUGACACAUUUAAUAAGAUUUUAUCGUGACAGUAUUCCUAGUAGUGCAGAAGUUCAGUGAUAGUUACAUUUUCUUUGGGGGCCCUUCUGGCCAACGCUCCUUCCCCAUGAGGGCAAAGCUACUUAGUACUUUACUAGUCAUUCCUAGUCACAUCCACCAAUAUCCUUAACCCUGUGUAAUAAAAGGGAACAGGAAAGGAAAUGUGGCUGGAGGGUAAUCUUGCUGUGAGAGGGAUAGCUCUGUUUUGUGAUGGCCCAGAAACUGUAGCUGAUGAAAAAAAAAUACAGCCACUUGACUGCUCACUGGGAUGGACCAUCAACACCAUGUAGCACCCCUGUUGAGAAAAUGGCACAGGCUGCUAGUUACCUACCAGGCUAAGUUCAAGGAGUUGGUACUACUGUACAAAGUCCUAUAUAGCUUGAGACAAGGAUAUGAAAAAGGUUAAAAGGUAACGUAAAGGGACUCCUGACCAUUAGGUCCAGUUGUGGCUGACUCUGGGGUUGUGGCGCUCAUCUCGCUUUAUUGGCCGAGGGAGCUGGGGUACAGCUUCCGGGUCAUGGGGCCAGCAUGACUAAGCCGCUUCUGCAGCACACGGAAACGCCGUUUACCUUCCCGCCGGAAUGGUACCUAUUUAUCUACUUGCACUUUGAUGUGCUUUCGAACUGCUAGGUUGGCAGGAGCAGGGACCGAGCAACAGGACCUCACCCUGUUGCGGGGAUUUGAGCCACCGACCUUCUGAUCAGCAGCUCCUAGGCUCUGUGGUUUAACCCACAGCGCCACCCGCGUCCCAUGUAAAAGGUUGCCUCAUCCUUAAUAACAGUUCCUCACCAGCCUGGAAAAAAGUGACAAGUGGGGUGCUGCAGGGUUCUGUCCUGGGCCUAUGGUUGUUUAACAUCUUUAUAAAUGACUUGGAUGAAGGAAUUGAGGGGAUGCUCGUCAAAUUUGCAGAUGACACCAAACUGGGAGGGGUAGCUAAUGCCGCAGAAGACACUCAGAAUUCAAGAUGACCUUAACAGAUUGAAGAAUUGGACCAAAACUAACAAAUUGAAUUUCAAUAGGGACAAAUGUUAGGUUCUACACUUAGGCAGGAAGCAGCAGCUGCACAAAUAUAAGAUGGGGGCACCUGGCUUACUAGUAGUACAUGUGAAAAGGAUCUGGGGGUCUUAGUAGACCACAAGCUUAACACGAGUCAACGAUGCAGCAGCAAAAGCAAAUCAAAACCACUAAUUCUAUUCUAGGCUGCAUCAAGGGAAGUCAUAGUCCCGGUCUAUUCUUCCUUGAUCAGAACACACCUAGAGUACAGUGUCCAGUUCUGGGUGCCACAAUUUAAGAAGGAUAUUGACAAGCUGGAAUGUGUGCAGAAGAAGGUGAGCAAGAUGAUCAAAGGUCUGGAAACCAAACUAUAUAAGGAAUGGUUGAAGGAGUGGGGGGUGUUUAGCCUGGAAAAGAGGAGACUGAGAUAAGAUAUGAUAACCAUCUUCAAAUAUCUCAAGGGCUGUCACAUGAAAGAUGGAGCAAGCUUCUUUCCUUCUGCUCUGGAAGCUAGAACCUGAACCAGUGGCUUCAAGUUACAAGAAAGGAGAAUCUAACUAAACAUUAGGAAGAACUUUCUGACACUAAGAGCUGUUCGACAAUGGAACAGACUCCUUUGGAAGGAGAUGAACUCUCCUUCCUUGAGCAGAGUUUAGAGGGCCAUCUGUCAUGGAUGCUUUAGUUGGAAUUUCUGCAUUGCAGGAGGUUGGACUCCUCCCCUGACCGCAUUUCAGGAAAGCUUCAAGUGGACUGUAAAAACUUCAACAGUCAACAGAAAGUAGGACAAUAAAGUUUAGUUUCUUCAUGAACCAGAGCCAUUAGUGUCGUGGCACCAGUAAUUUGGAAAGCUUAUUGAAAUCAGACAGGCGCAUAUCAUUCUGAUAUUUUUGUCACCUGCUGAAAACUGUUUUGCUUCCAAAAAAGGGGGGGGGAUAGUUUUGCUUCACCAAGUGUUUUUAGUUAAUUAAUUGGAUUCAGUCCUCGUCUUUUGUUCUGUAUUUUACAAUUUUAGCAUUUUACGAUUGUUUCAGGAUUUUAUUGUACACCCCACUGUGUUUUUAUAAGUCGAAGGUUAUAAUUAUUCUUUCAAAUAUAUUAAAAAUAAAAACCCUCAGCUUCCCAUUAGGAGGCUUCUCAACAAUUCAAGCCCUAAUAAAGAAUUCUUCCAUUCACCCAAACUCUUCAAGUUUGUUUCUUGAAGCAGCAAACUACCAUGGUACUUAUGACUUGAAAGAUACAUAUUCAUAUAAACCAAUGAAGAAUGUCCCUUGAGGGUGCUAGUCCUCCCAUUAGGCAGAGAGAAGAAGCAGGCAACUGAUUUUCAGUGUCCUAGAAAGGCAGCACUUUAAUUCAUUAUAACUGUAUUUUUACUUCCGGGGGAAGGAUCUUGAAGAUUUUCUGCUUCAAGUGCCAAAAUAGCUGGACUGGUAUUGAGUAGUUACAGGUAGAUAGCCGUGUUGGUCUGCCGUAGUCGAAACAAAAUAAAAAAAAUUUCUUCCAGCAGCACCUUAGAGACCAACUAAGUUUGUUAUUGGUCUGAGCUUUCAUGUGUGUGCAUGAAGAAGUGUAUUUGAAGAAGUGUGCACGCACACGAAAGCUCAUACCAAGAACAAACUUAGGUGCUACUGGAAGGAAUUUUUUAAUAUGGUAUUGGUAUGGUCUUUGACUUGUGGGGAACAAUCUGCUGUUUCUGCAUUCAGCAGCAAAAUAUUUUCGGCCAGUCCUGUUGAAGAAGUCCUCCAGUGUGUCUCUCAGGGAGUAGAGUAUUUUAUUGUACUUAACAAAACAUUUUCAUCACAGACAGCACUUCCAGUUUGUCACUAUUUUCAAUUCAAUUGCAUACCAGCAAAUUCAAGUUGUUUGGGAGCUCUUCCACAAGAAACCUGCUUCCAUAAAAGAUCCAACUUUUGCAACAUGGAAAAUGAUGGAGAAAUGUGGGACAAUGCUUGAUGCCAUUUUUACCUCCCCACAAACAAAUCAGAAAGGCUGCUCACAUAAUAGCCAAUGUCACCUAGCAUCCUUGCUGACAAAUGCUCAAUAAACAGGCCUGGAAGCCCCCACAGUAUGUCACUGAGAGGACGAUCCUAUGCAUGUUUACUAAGAAGUAAGUAACUGAGUGGCACUUACUUCAGGUUACUUGUAUUUAGAAUUGCAGCCCAAGUCCAUGGGGGGGGGGGAAUCAUCUUAGCCAGUGCUUGGAAGGUCCCUGUACUGUGUUACUGCCUAGAAUGAUGUCUGAACUAACUCAUUCCAUGGCAGAAAUGGUCCAUUGACAUUUGGAUGCCAUUGAUGGAACCUGAUGAAAAGCAUCAAGUGAGGAACAACUGUUAUCCUACUCUUCAUCAUUAAGUAAAACAAAAUGAGGAAAGCUGUCAUUCCAGUGAGUCCCAUCUAGAAAAUCACCCCAAUCAGUCUCACUGUCUCGUGAGUGGUGCCAAAAGUAGAUUGGCAGAUAAUUUUGUUUAUAAAAUUAUAAAAAGAUUUACUUGAUUUGGACUCCUUAUGUCUGAACCAGGUCAAAAACUUUAGUUGUUUUUAAAAAAAUAUAUAUUAUUCAUUCAGUUCUCUGUGUUUCAGUAAUGCAAAGAAGCUCUUGUUUCUUUUCCAAAUCCUGGAGUUGACAGAUCAGUCAAAAGCCAUACUUUUCAAGUCAUGCACCUCAGAAGACUCCAUGACCUUCAAAAGGCUGCAAGGGAAAAGAAGGAAUGAGGGACACUGUUCCACAUUCAGCGACAGAGGCAAAGAAGUCAUCCUGGUUGGCUUAUCUUUGGUAAUUUGGGUAGAAGAUGACAGACAUGCUCAUCGGAUUUUUGGAAGUUGCUGUGCAUUUGGACAUCAUAAAGUGCUCUUACAAUGUCAGCGCCAUGUGGUAAAACUAUUUGAAUGUGCCAUUGCAUGCUGAAAAACUGCUCUGAUGCUCACUGGGCUACUGGGUUUGCUUUAGAAUGAUGAUAAAUACCAGCUUCCUCUAAGAGAUUUGAACAAUUUAUUCCCCCAUGAGGAAUUGAAUGGUAAAGUUAUCCAGUGUUGUGUAUAUCAUGUAACACAUCAGGCCUGUCCAGGCUUCAAGUUCUUAUAUGGUUCUGCUGAAAUGGAGUAAAACAAGCAUCUUGAGAUUUCACUCGUAACCACAAGUGUUAUUUCUGAUUUUUUCAAUUUCAUAGCCCAAGAACAGAAGAUCAACUACGGUCUAUUCUUAUCUCCAGCCUCAAGCUAUCCCUUGAGCUCCAUGGCGGAGCAGUGAUUAGACCCUGGCCGUAAUAUCCUGUCAACUGCACCACAAUACAGUGGAAUUUGCAUUCAGCCAAGCGGUGCUACGAUUGCACAGCGCUGGAUUGCAAGCUUGCCCAUAGCUACAUGUCGUUAAAUCCAGGAAUAAAACUUGUUCUGCCUUCAGGGAAACAACUAUCUCAACGAAUAACUUGCUGCUCAAUUUAUCAGCCUACCCAAACACAGAAGACCAGGUUGAACAUACUGGGAUUUAGACAUGUGUUCUCAAGGAGUUUUGAACUCCAAAACUUGCACUUGGAUCACUAAUCCACCCACUCCAAUUUACAUGCAUUGUGUAGGAUUUUUACAUUCCAGUUAUAGCAAUUGCAGGCCUUUCAAACAUUUCAUUGCCAAAGAAAUCCACAUUGGUUUGUAAAGUAAUUUCCAUGUUUUAUUCUUUUUCAACGUUGCAUUUGCAAUGGCUUGGAACUGUAUAAUGUAUAGGGAAAACAUCCUCAUACUGGGGUCAUUAGGAAGCUUUAAAUAUUUUUUUAACAUAUCUGGGUCAAAUAUUAUGAUCUAAAUCUCCAGUGAGUAUUGGAAUAUAGGGAAGUCAAGAAUUUACAGCGGAUAUUAGUGUUUACUCUACAUCACUGUUUAUUUUGGGUGAAUGUCCGCAAAUAUAUAUCCGAUAGAACAACUCAAUAUGAACUCAAAAAGGUGAUCCUAGAGCUUUAAUGGACCCUUUGGUUAAAAAAAAUAUGCAAUAUACAGACUUAAUACAAAUAAUGCUGAUUCCACAGGAUGUAAGCCCAGUGGCCUCAUACAUAAGAAAAAUGGGAAACUGUCUUAUAUUGAGUCAGUUUACUGGUCUAUCUAGUUCAGUUUUUCCUGUGCUGAGUGACAAUGGCUCUUGAGGGUUUUUCCAGAUAGGUGUCUCUCCCAGCCCUUCGAAGCAAGAGAUUUUUCCAGUCUGUAUCUGGAUGCCAGGGAAUUAAGGUGGAACAUUCCACAUGCAAAGCAGCUGCUCUCCCACUGAACCAGAGUCCUUUCUUGCUAUAAUGGUCCCUCAUACCAAGAGUAUAGGAAGCUGCUGGUUCAUCUAACUCUGGAAGGUCUUUCCCAGACCUCCAUGAAAAUGCCAGUGAUUGCCCUUCUGCCACAAAGCUGUGUCCCUUCCCUAAUUGUCUAUGGGCCCCUUCAGAUGUCCUUUUUAUUGCACAUUCAUGGUAAUUUGUGUUCAUAACGCUAUUGGGGCAGGGACAUGUGAUCCCUCUUUCGAUGUCAUUUGUGCCUGCAAAAGGUUUGGGGUGGUCACACUGCUUCUCUUCUGAUCAGUGCAUAUCCCGUAACGUCCUGCUGAAAUCCCAUAACUUUUCAUACCACAAAUGUUCUGGCUUAUUUUCGCCCUGCUUUUGUUGCACUAUAGCCUCUCUGGACAUCAAUAAUGUGGUAGCAUUGGGGAAGCAUCAUGGAGCAAAUUAAAGCAGAACAAAUCUACCCCAUCCACUAUUAUUGUGCCAAGAAUAUGCUGCGGAAUACACCCGCAAUAAAAUACAGCCCAGAAGAGCCCUGCACAAAAACUUAACAGUGAAAGAAGGGGAGGUGGCUGAGUUUAGGCAGAAUGACUAGGUAGAAAUAAUUCACCAAAGGGGUUCAAGUGAGAUUCUUCAUUGAAAUAAGUGACUGCUUAUUUUGAGUCAUGCCUGAGAACCAGUGUGGUGUAAUGGUUAAGAGUGGUAGACUCGUAAUCUGGUGAACCGGGUUCGCGUCUCCACUCCUCCACAUGCAGCUACUGGGUGACCUUGGGCUAGUCACACUUCUCUGAAGUCUCUCAGCUUCACUCACUUCACGGAGUGUUUGUCAUGGGGGAGGAAGAGAAAGGAGAAUGUUAGCCGCUUUGAGACUCCUUCUGGUAGUGAUAAAGUGGGAUACCAAAUCCAAACUCAUGCCAAAGGUGCUUAAGGUCAUUGCCUGGUACGGAGUUGUUGAACUUUGGGUCUCCAAAUGUUUCUAGACUACAACUUACAUCAUCCCCAGCUGGUAAUCUAACUCCUCAGAGAUGAAGGAAGUUGUAGUCAAAAAACAUUUGGGGACCAAAGGUUGAACAACUCUGGCCUAGCAAAGCCAGUUUGCUUGGUUGACAAUCCACUUGCAGCCGCUAAAUUCCUUUGCUCAAACUGAGCAGGGAAGAAAAGAAAUUGAAAAGCAUAACCAGUCAUUAUUUUUCAGAGAUCUAUGGCAAAACCAGAGUGGAAGCUUCCCAGAUCACACACAAGGAAGUUUAAAGAGAAACUUAGCAUUGAAGAUAGUAAAAUAAAUAAACAAAAUCGCAAGGCAUGUCAGAAAAUAAGAAAAUAUACUGAGGACAAGGUGGCAUUACUGGCUGCUAAACUUUGCGGUCAGCAAAUAUCUCAAAUUUUCUGGAGGGUUAGCUACAAGGGGGGAAAACAAGAUCAGUUCUCAUGUAGUGUUUGUACAAUUGCCUUCCAUAUUUGCGAACCAAAAUCAUGACUCACUAACCAUAUUACAAAGAAUAAUGUUUACAACUUACCUCGAACAUAACACAUGGAAGAUGCAUUUACUUCAGUAGACCCUACUUGUAUAUAAUGGCUGGGAUCAAAGGUGCUACUUUGAGUGGGCUCAAAGCUUUGGCAUUGACCAGAAGAAUGUUUGGUUUCUCUGUCCUCCUUAUAUAGCAGACCACCAUGCUAUGCUGCAGACUUUUUUGGAAACUCUCCUUGGUUUGAAAAGUAAUUUGCCAUGUAGAAUGGAGGAAUACUGAUUGAAAAACACAUGGUUGUAGGAAAGUAGUUGUGCAGUUCUUUUGGAUCUAGGCCAAUGUUUUUAGGGUAUUAGAUUUCUGCUCCCUUCCUCCUAGCAAGCUUUGAAUUGCAUUCAUUUCCUAUUGUGUAGCAGAAGUGGAACUUUGAUUUCAAAAGGAGUGCAUAGUCUACAUUCUGUUUCCAUUAUCGGAUGCUAUCAGUGUUUCCCAUAAUUUUAUGAAACAAAGGGGUAAGCAUCUGCAAAUGGCCCUACAUCAAUUGAUGUCAUUUUGUUUCCCACCAGAGAGUGUGA